UCUUUUGUUUGACGGUCGUUCACUCCACUCGCUCUCGUUGAUUUGGCCAAUGUUUGGCCUAGUUGCUUAGUUUAUUAGAUUUUUACUUCUAAUAUUUUUUUAUUUAAAUGUAGUGUUCAGUCCUUAUUUUAUUUAAUACUGUGACAUUAUUAUGUGAUACUUAAAAUGCCUGGCAUAAGGAAAUAUCGACGGGAUACCAGCGAAGUCAGCUGUUGUUUGAAAUAUGUUAUUUUUGGUGUGAAUGUUUUGUUCUGGUUCCUCGGUCUGAUUGUGCUAGCGGUAGGAGUGUGGGCAUGGACGGAGAAGGACACAUUUAAUAACCUGUCCAGACUCACCAACAUUGCGUUGGAUCCAGCAUUUAUUUUAAUAUGUGUGGGCGCCAUUACGUUUAUAAUUGGGUUCACGGGCUGCGUCGGUGCUCUUCGUGAGAACACGUGCCUGCUCGCAUGCUAUGCAGUUUUCCUUGCACUGCUGCUUUUGGCAGAGAUGACUACUGGCAUUCUAUUCUUCGUAUUUAAGGACUGGAUAAAACAACAAGCAACUACGGGUUUCCAAUCCUUCAUUACACAUUAUAGAGAGGAUCCUGACCAACAAAACUUAAUCGAUUGGAUACAAGAAGACUGGUUACAAUGUUGCGGUGUGGAGGGUCCUCGAGAUUGGGACCGUAACGCGUACUUCAACUGCUCGAGCGGCGCCGUGGGUUCGCGCGAGGCUUGUGGAGUCCCUUUCAGUUGCUGCAGGAACAAACCACAGGACAUCAUCAGGAACAAACAGUGCGGAUACGAUGUUAGGAAACCUACCUAUCAACUGAGUGAGCGAGUGAUACACGAGCGCGGCUGCCUGGCGGCGGGCGAGGACUGGCUGCAGAGGCACUUCGCGCACGUCGCCGCCAUGCUGCUCGGACCCUUAGCGCUAAAGAAUUAUGAUAGAACAAAGAUAAUAUAUGACAAGGGCUGUUUAGAGGCAGCCGAGGAGUGGUUCGACCACAACCUGUUGAUAGUAGCCACGUCCGCUGUUUGUACUGCUUUUGCACAAAUCCUGGGCAUCUGCUUCGCGCAGAACCUCCGAGCGGACAUAUUCGCUCAGAAGGCGAAGUGGCACUGACAAUCAGCCUCUCCUGCCGCCGUGUGACGCGCCCGUGUCCCCUCGCACUCACCACCGCACUACUACACUACUCCCCUAUUGUGCUGAAUCAACACUAACUUUUCUACUCUUCCCAAGAUAAGUAAAUUAUAAUUCGAUUUUUUAUCUGUGAAUUUUUCCAAACGUUCAAUGUUGCCAUUGUUAAAACGUAUUUUUGAUAUGGCAACACUGUUAUGAUCUUGACAUUGUGUAAACCACCAUUUUUUUAUUGUCUUCACUCCUAUAAGAUGAAUUCGCACAAAUUGCCCCAUUGUAUUUUCGUAUUUCGUACACAAUUAUACAAUUUCAUAACACCCUUUUCUUAUGACAAAAGUGUAACUAUUGGACACAGUAUAAAUACUAAUACUUCAGCACAUCUAUUCUAAAGUACAUGCAUUUAUUUGCAUAUUAGAUUAAUGUUUGUCGUGCAGAUUAUUUAUAUACACCAUAAGUGCUCAUCUUACUGUCCCUAGGCUCUUUCAAAACUAUCUUAACACAGAGAAGUGAGUAAAUGGAGAACUCAUAUGAUAUGUAAUCAGUUAAGCUUCUUAGACUCUUCCUAAUAUUACUAGUUUGCACAUUCAAUGCAUUAAUCUCAAUAAAGUACAUUUCUUGUAAGUUAUUAGAAGUCUAACACCAUGGCUAUUGAUCAUUCUUCGCUUUGAUGUCUUCUUAUUGAGAUGCGGCCAAAAGACUGACUUAGAAAUCCUUGUGAUCUCUCUUAGCGUGAGUACUCCAUUUACUAUUUCCUCUGUGUCUCCCUCUGGCACUCUAUCUCUCUUCCAUCAUUCUUGGAUACUCUUCAAUCUCUCUCUCUGUAAAUAACAUUAUAAUAAUGUUGGUACUUGUUGAUAGAAUUAUCCAAUACAUAUAUCCUUGUAAAGUGGAGUUAGCUUUGGAGUAUGGCAGCUACGUAGAUUAAAUAUUAAAGUAAGAAUAUUAUUUAUUGCGUCUUUAGCAGCUCCGUUCCAUGAGCCGUAUAACGUAACCUAAUAAGGUUCAAUUUUGAAAUGCUACUAGUUAAAUAACAAUUAAACAAGUAGUGUAUGGAAAUGAUAUUGAUUUACUUCGAAUUAUAUCAUAGUUUAUUAUGUCAAUCUCUUAUAAUAUAAUGUAAGCUUUGACAUAAUUUCACCGUUCUAUUUACUUAACUUUGACUAGUGCGUAUGUCAGUUGGCUAUUAGCACGGUUCUGCUUAAAGUCAUUUAAAUCGAUAAAAGACAAGUUUCUAGUUGUUCCUAGUAAUAAAAUGUCCAACAGCUAACUCCACUAUGAAGCGAUGUGUUCAAAUUGGCCAAUUAGCCUUAACGGGAGCUGUGAGAUGAAUUUAGUAUUGGAAUAUAUAAGUAUUAAGAAGGUUAACAAGUUUAUUCAAGAUACUGAAAGCUAUUUAAUUGUUAUAUUCCUUGCAGAUAUUAAAUGUUGUUACAUUGAUGUGACCAGAGACCAUGCCAUCCAAAUGUAGCGCUUAUGUUGUUUAAAAUGCAAGAAUAAUUGUCAGGUUAAAUCCGUGGUCACUAAGGUUCAAUUUUGAAAUGUGGUGCUGCAUCAAAUAUUCCUGUAGUGUAGUGCAGGUUGUUAUAGAGUGUGCAAGUUGUAGGAUGUCGGGUUGUGUUUGCAGCAGGAGAAUAAUGGCUGACAAUAUUAUUAGGACGGGGUCAUAUACAGGCGGCGGCUAAACGGUAUAGAAGUAUUUUAUUAUACUUCCAUUCUGACUGUAUACUACAUGUAAUUAUAGUUCUUUUUUAAUCAUUGUUAAGUGCUAUAAUCGUUUAAGUUUAAAUCUUUAAUUUUAGUACCCUCGCUUUACGCCCGCCCGCCCGCCAAACAAGACCCUGCCUAAUUCGUAUUUGUAUUAAGAUAAUAUAUUUUAUUAUAAACUCAAAUUAGUGAUAAGAAAUACUCAUUUAGAAAACAAAAAUAUUAUUAUUAUACAUUAAAAAAAAAUGAUUUACUUAAUCAUGAUUCCAAAAGUAUUGCAUGUUUAAAAAUAUAUAAAUCGCUUUGGUAUUGUUAUGAAUCUCUUUUGAGGUUUUAUGCACAAAUUAUAAUUAGGCAUUAUGUAUUACAAAAGUCUAUGUUUAAUAUUCUUGUUUUUGGUAGGUUAGGUAUUACCGCUGGUUCGAUAGAUGUUUAAACGAAUGUGUUCCUUAUAACGCUGGCUUUAGAACUUAUAAUGUAUAAUCUCAAACUGAAUCAUCAUUGUUUUUUAAAUAGUUAUGUGAAAGUGUUAUGUGCCUAUAUUACAUAGAAAUAUAUCUCGAAAUAUUGUUUGAUAAUGUAUAAUGUAUUUAUUAGCCGUAAUUGUCACUGCCUUAUUGACUGCAAAAAGUAUUCAUUAUUAUUUUUGUUUCUAUACCUAAUGGUUUUUGGGUGCAUUUUACUAACCGCUUUAAAGUAUUUAACUUCAUAGUGUAAGGUUUAGUUUGUGAAUCUGUAAUCGAUUACUUUAAUGAUCUUUUUAUUAGUUAAGUUAUUCUAUAUGAUCUUAGUGCCGAACUUUAUAUACUUUAUGUACUAAGUUGCCACAGUUUAGUGAACUAGUCCUUGAAAAAAUGUUUUAUACUCUACCUUUUUGCAAAAACAAUUUAAUAAAAGUAUUUCUUUUUUAUAAACCCCAGUUGUAAUGAGAUUGUAUUAUUAUUUUUGAAAAUGUAUUUUUUUUUUAUUUUAUUGACUUUAUAAAGUAUUAAAGAGUCUGGUAUCGAUUUACGAUGCCAGUUCUGAAGGUCCUCGUAUUUAUAACGUAGAUGUAGUAUUUAUGUAAUUUUCAAAUGACUUAAAAUCGAUAUUUUGUAUGGAAUUAUAAGUAUAAUAUGUACAAA